CCUCGAUUGCAACCGCUGUUCCUGAAAAUCUCGGGAAUGACCCUCGUCCCCAAUCCGCACGAGGGACAAAAUGCAGAGCUUCGUCACGUGACCAAGGGACACCUUCGCACAGUCACUGCUGUGGGGGCACAUCACAAUACACAUCAGGGGGGAGAGAAAAAACCAACCAAUUAACGCCAAGGCCCUCUCCCAUGUCCUCUUCAUGUUUUUUUGGACUGAAAGCCCAGUACUCAGAUGCUCACAGAUGUACAGCACGGACUCUGUGUUUUUAUUUUUUUUGGUGAUUUAUGGUUUUGUGAAGAUCCCGGGCGCGUUUUCUCUAAAGUGUGCGGACGUGGCCCAGCACCCGGUGACACAUUGCUCAAGACAGGAAAAACAACAACAACACAAAACCCCGGCUCUCCGGCGGCUCGGGAAAACACGGGCGCCGCAAUCCUGCUAUUUUUACGCUGAAACUACAAAUCAAGAGGCAUUCUGGCCCCGCCCAGCGCCCAGCGAGUGUGGACCAAUCAGGUUGCUGAGAUGAGAGAGUGGACAGAGCCCGAGAUGAGCAUGGCGACCAAUGGCUACCUGUCAGUGGCCGAUGGGUAUGGCAUGGCCGAACCGCUGCAGUAUUACGACGUGCUGCCGGACCCGCUGGGCUACCCCUUCCAGGACGCCGAGCUGCAGGGCCUGCCGUACGGGCAGCAGCAGUACAGCCCCGUGGGCAUGCAGUUCCCCAUGCCCUCGCCCCAGCCCUGCUACCCGCCCUACGCCUACGGGUCCCCCUGCCCCGAGCUGCCCUGCGACCCGGGGCUGGAGGGCCCCGGGGACGGGCGGGGGGGCUUCGGGGGGCUGCCCUUGCUGAAACGGGCGCGGCUGGGGCCCGGGGGCCGGGUGAGGGGGCAGGACGAGCUGUGCGUGGUGUGUGGGGACAAGGCCUCGGGGUACCACUACAACGCGCUCACCUGCGAGGGCUGCAAAGGGUUCUUCCGGCGCAGCGUGACGAAGAAGGCGGUGUACCGCUGCAAGAGCGGCGGCGGCUGCGAGAUGGACAUGUACAUGCGCAGGAAGUGCCAGGACUGCCGGCUGCGGAAGUGCCGCGCCGUCGGCAUGCUGGCCGAGUGCCUGCUGACGGAGGUGCAGUGCCAGUCCAAGAGGCUGAGGAAGAGCGCCAAGCACAGGGGCCAGCCCGCGGGCUCAGUGAAGCCCGAGGAGGAGGAGGGCACGGAGAGCAGGAGCGUCUCCUCCACCAGCAGGAUGCCAGGCCAGGUGCCUGCAGGCUUAUCGGCAGAAGAGCAGCAGGUGCUGGACAGGAUCGUCGAGGCCCAUCGUCGCUACAGAACCCAGGACUCCUCACAUUGCAGGAUGCAGGAGUGGCCGGGCCUGGGGGUCGGGAUGGAGGCGCUCACGGACGUGGCCUCACCUCACUGUCAGACGCUGCACAGGUUCUCCAGGACUGUGCCAGGGUUCGAUCUCCUGGACUGUGCUGAUCAGCGAUCGCUGCUCUCCAGCUCGUCUGUGGAAGUCAUGUUCCUCCUCUCAGCACAGCACUUUGCUCAGGGACGCCUGGAGGCCAAUCCAGCACUGUAUUCCCUGAGCAUGGAGCCCCCUCCUCUUCACUGGAUGAAGAGCCUAGACUCGAAGGACUGUGAUGUGAAGAUCAUGACAAAUUCAGGAGCGUCUGAAGAUGUCUUGGGACCGGUGAUGAACUUUUUCCACAGCAUGGCGGUGCUCGGCGUGACAGAAGCAGAGUAUGCUCUUCUCACCGCCACCGCGGUGCUGUGUUCAGACGGAGCGCCCCUUCGCGACGCCGCGAGCGUGGAGAGCGCCCAGGAGCCGAUCCUGGACCUGCUCUCCAGGGUCUGCGGCCUGCACUGCGGCCCCCGGGGGCCCCCCGCCGACCCCCAGCGCUUCGCCCGCCUGCUGGGGAGGCUCACCGAGCUGCGGACACUCCGACACAACUACCUGACCCUGCUGAGGCAUCAGUCCUGGGGGGUCCAGGCCCACUGCUGAGGCAUCAGUCCUGGGGGGUCCAGACCCACUGCUGAGGCAUCAGUC